AUGAACAACUCAUUCAGAGGCGGACAUGGCAGAGGACCACGAGGGGGAGGCGGCCCUGGAGGAAUGGCCUUUCAGAACGACAUGUCACAACAACAGCAGCAACAGCAGCAACCCUUCGGAUUCCAGCAGCAGCGUGGGUACCCACCACACAUGAUGCAACAGCCGCCAGGACAACAGCAACAACAACCCCACAACAUGCCACAACAGAUCCAGAUCCCAAAUAGUCAACAAAGCCAGAGAUACAUGUCUGGAGGAAUGCCCUCCCCCUCACUCGUCCAGCCGAGUUCUAUGGGUGGAUACCCAGGAACAAGUGGAUCCGUGGUUGGAUCAAACCCCAAUGCCACUCAGAUGCCCUUUGGACCUCCAGUUAGACCAGUCGAUCUAGCACCCAAAUCCCACCACGACAUUCUGCGCAAACACAACGAAGAAUACGCAUCGAGACAGACGGCAUCCAACGCCGUAAAUCAGGCCCAGGGUUUGACCCCCGGAACUUAUUUUCCAGUACCAAAGGCCAAGCACAACAACACCAUCAUCCCCGUUCUUCCACGGCCCGUCAAUCCAUAUCCGACAAACGAAUAA